ACCCAGAGGGAUUUUGCCCCCCUAACUUCUUGAAAAAAGAACAAAGGAAAAUAGUGUUAAGAGGAUUUUCCACUCUGCUCCUGGCAGCUGGAUCAGAAAGAUGCCCCUAUUCCUGCUGCUCACCUGCCUCUUCACCACUGCCACCCCAGUAUCACCCAUAGCCCUAGAUCCUUGUUCUGCUUACAUCAGCCUGAAUGAGCCCUGGAGGAACACUGACCACCAGUUCGACGAGUCUCAAAGUCAACCUCUCUGUGACAACCACAUGGAUGGGGAGUGGUAUCGCUUCACAGGUAUGGCAGGAGAUGCUAUGCCUACCUUCUGCAUACCAGAAAAUCACUGUGGGACCCAUGCACCUGUCUGGCUCAAUGGCAGCCACCCCCUAGAAAGUGAUGGCAUUGUGCAACGCCAGGCCUGUGCCAGCUUCAAAGGGAACUGCUGUCUGUGGAACACCACCAUGGAGGUCAAGGCCUGCCCUGGAGGCUACUAUGUUUAUCGGCUGGCCAAGCCCAGUGUCUGCUUCCAUGUCUACUGUGGCCAUUUUUAUGACAUCUGUGAUGAGGACUGCCAUGGCAGCUGCGCGGACACCACAGAAUGCUCAUGUUCUCCAGGAACCUCGCUGGGUCCAGAUGGACAGACUUGCUUUGAUGAAAACGAAUGUGAGCAGAACAAUGGUGGCUGCAGUGAGAUCUGCGUAAACCUCAAAAACUCACACCGCUGCGCAUGUGGGGUCGGCCGUGUGCUGAGGAGCGAUGGGAAAACUUGUGAAGACAUCGAAGGAUGCCACAAUAACAAUGGUGGCUGCAGCCAUUCUUGUCUCGAAUCUGAGAAGGGCUAUCAGUGCGAGUGUCCCAGGGGCUUGGCGCUGUCUGACGAUAACCACACUUGCCAAGUCCCUGUGUUGUGCAAGUCCAGCACCAUUGAAGUGAGUGUCCCCAGGGAGCUGGUUGGUGGCCUGGAGCUCUUCCUGACCAACAACUCCUGUCGAGGAGUAUCUAAUGGCACCCAUGUCAACCUCGUCUUUUCCCUCAAGAACUGUGGCACCGUGGUUGAAGUGGUGAAUGAUAAAAUCGUGGCCAGCAACCUCGUGACAGGUCUGCCCAAACAGACUCCUGGGAGUAGCGGAGACGUCAUCAUUCGGACCAGCGAACUGCUGAUCCCGGUUACCUGUGAGUUCCCUCGACUGUACACCAUCUCUGAAGGAUAUGUACCUAACCUGCGUAAUGCCCCUCUGGAAAUCAGGAGUCGAAACCACGGCAUCUUCCCCUUUACUCUGGAGAUCUUCAAGGACCACGAAUUCGAGGAGCCGUACCGGGAGACUCUGCCCACACUCAAGCUUCGAGACUCGCUCUACUUCGGCAUUGAGCCUCUGGUGCACGUGAACGGUCUGGAGAGCCUGGUGGAGAGCUGCUUCGCCACGCCCACUGCCAAGAUGGAUGAGAUACUCAAGUACUACCUGAUCCAGGACGGUUGUAUUUCCGAUGACUCAGUGAAGCAGUACUCAUCCCGGGACCACCUAGCAAAGCACUUCCAGGUCCCUGUCUUCAAGUUUGUGGGCAAAGAUCACAAGGAGGUAUUUCUUCACUGCCGUGUCCUUGUUUGUGGGGUUCUGGAUGAACGCUCCCGCUGUGCCCAAGGGUGCCACCGGCGAGUGCGUCGUGAGGUGGGGGAAGAUGAGGACUCUGCUGGGCUGCAGAGCCAGACACUGACAGGAGGCCCCAUCACCAUUGACUGGGAGGACUAGUGCCCGCUUCUAGCACCCUCUUCUCUGGAACAUCUCCCUGUGUCCUCUGAGAACAUCAGAGAACCUCCUACAAUACCUGACUUCUUUAAAUCAUAUACUGUGAGUUUAGACAACCUUACCCCCACAUGGAAGAAUUGAUUAGCUGAUUUUGUCUCUGCGUUAGUACAAAUCACACCACUGAUGAUCUGUGUGGUCUUGGUGGGCUUCAGUUUCUGGAUUUUAAGAACUGUGUUGUCCUCAUGGAAGGUCAUCUCCCUCAUUUCCGCCAUUUCUUUCUUACAAUGAAAUACCUCGUUUAUGGUAUAAUAGGGCCACUAAAACGAGGUGCUGGGAAUAACAUUCCAAUUUCAAAAGGUAAAAAAAUCAAUUACUAAAACUGUAACCCAUAAUCCCCUAAAUAUAUAAUUCCAAACCCAACACAGAAUCUUCAUAGGAGAUUUGGAAGUUUAUCAAUAAAAUAAUGUAUGAGAGAAAAUACAAUAGCUUGAAUGUUGUAAGGUAAUUUUCAAUGUUUUCAUAUUGCCUGAGGUGAAAUGGUUUCACCUAAAAAUAAAUUCAUAAGGUACUUUAGAGCAUUGGCUGCUCUUGCAGAGAACCUGUGUUUGAUUCUAGGCACCAGA